UUCUAGGGAGGGUGAGGCCAUUAAUAGUUGAAGCCAAAAGCCCAAUCUAUCUAUUACUAUCUCCUUCUCCAUCUCCACCCAUCAUAUUUCAGCUAUUUUUCACAUUAAAAAAAAAAAAAAAAAACUUCUAUCUCUUCGUCGUGUCUACGCAUCUACCAUAUCUGGGCAAGAUAAGAAAGAAGAGAAAGAGGGAUUUUGAGAGCACAUUUUCUCUAAAACCCUCAAAAAAUGGCUUCUCUUGUUCAUCCAAAGGCCUCUCUCCCUUUUCUUCUCCCAUCUCCGACUCCUAAAACCCCAUCAUCUUCUAACAAACUUCCAUUUCUUUCCAGAUCCUCUGGUUCCCAGUUUCAUGGAGUCCAAAUUUCUCAGCACAUUUCCCCUUCUCUUCCUUCUUCUUCCUCCUUCAAAUUUACCAUCUCCUCUAAGGUGAAUAAGGGCCAAACCCCACCUGCUUUCACUUUGAAAGAUCAGGAUGGAAGGAAUGUGAGCCUAUCUAAAUUUAAAGGGAAGCCUGUGGUUGUCUAUUUCUAUCCUGCUGAUGAAACUCCUGGUUGCACCAAACAGGCCUGUGCUUUCAGAGAUUCUUAUGAGAAGUUCAAGAAAGCAGGAGCUGAGGUUGUGGGCAUAAGUGGGGAUGAUUCAUCAUCACACAAGGCUUUUGCUAAGAAAUACAGACUUCCAUUCACAUUGCUUAGUGAUGAGGGUAACAAAGUGAGGAAAGAAUGGGGAGUUCCUGCCGAUCUUUUUGGUACAUUACCUGGAAGACAAACUUAUGUUCUAGAUAAGAAGGGGGUUGUGCAGCUCAUAUAUAACAACCAAUUCCAACCCGAAAAGCAUAUCGACGAGACGCUCAAAUUACUUCAGAGCCUUUAAAUCUCUCUCUUGUUUAUAGCUACGAGUUUCGCUGUAGAAAUUAGGAAGGUGCUGUUUAUUGGUAUCAUUCGAGAGGCAAUUAUCUAGUUCUGAAUAAGAGUGAAAAAUGGUGAUUGUUCUUUUAUUGUUUCUAAGUUUUUUUUUUAGGUUACUACUCACAAGUGAGAUUAUGUAUAUUUGAAUCAUAAUGCAUUCAGUGUAAUGUCUUUCUACUUUAAUAUGCUUCAGUUUUUUCACAAUGUUCAAUGUUAAAACUUGUUAUGUUGUAACA